AUGUCUCUCUUCCAAGUCUCUUCCUCGGUCAGACAAUCCGAAACCCAGCAGCAGCAGCAACCUGCCUCUGUUGCGCCAACUUUUGCUACUUACCGCCGCGCUCUCAGUCCCAACGAACUUUCUUAUUUUCUUCCUAGUCGAGCAUAUGGUCUGAAUGACAUGUUCAUUCGCAUCACCCUCCGCGCCCCACCAAAUCUCAUUACGCCUCAUCGACUGCACAUUAUCUGGGCAAUACUGCGCCUCCGACACUCCUUAAUGGCCAGCCGUGUGGAAAUGAAGCCAGGCGCUUAUGACGAUGCUCAUUUUACUUACAUCCCGCCCUCAAGCCCAAACGAAGCUAUCCAGGAGGCUUCAGCAUCUGUUCGCGUUCGCAAUGGUGUUCCUGGCUCCGCUUUAGUCGAAGAGUUUCUUAAUGGACCAGCCAGGCUUGGCGCCAAUUGUCUUGCUCGACUGGAAGUUGGGCGGGGUGACUUCAGUCGAGGAAUGCAUGAGUACAAUCUGGUUUUCAGCUUUCACCAUAUGAUCAACGACGCGCGGGGGGUUUACGCGGCCUCGCAGUUCGCAUUGGAACUUCUGGGAGGCUCUACGCCCACUCAACCUCCGUUGACUGACAGCCAACUCGCAAAAGUGUUGGAAAAAGAAUGGAAACUUAGAUGGGCUGCUGGCCCUCGUGAUCUCAACGAGGUCAUUAUUCCCUCCACCGAGUUGCGCAUAUUGCGAUCCCCUCCUACGAAAUUCCAAGAAGUGGCUUGGAAGGUGGACCAGCAGAACGUCCAAAAACGCUUUAUCGGUGGUCAUGCCUUCCCCAAGGCUCGACGGCCAACUGUGGAGGCAAUCAAAACACGGCUAAUUCGAACAAAGUUCAACAAAGAGCAAACUAUCGCCAUUUUCGCUCGGUGUAAAGCAGAGUGUGUUACUCUUCAAAGUGCCGUGUUUGGUCUUAUCAACAUGGCUUGGAUACGUCUCUUCUCUAAACACUCAGAGAUCCCCGCCUCGACAACCCUUCCAAUGCUUAUGUAUACCGCAAUCAGUCUUCGGGGGUACCUCCCUCCCGUGUCUGAGCUUUCCUCAUUUAUGAGUCUUGCACUGGGGUAUCACAACCUCGUCCUCCCUUCAUUUCUACCAUCAUCUACCUCACCAAAAUCCCUGUCUGCGACAUUUUGGGCAAGGAGUAGGGAAGCACAGCGCCAAAUGUUCUCCUACAGCCACAAUCCGAUGCUCCUAGGUCGCUCUGUUGUGGCUGCUGAAGAACGUGGCCAACGUGCAAAAGCCUGGGCCCGAAUCGAUGAUGAAGCUGCUGGUAUUCUUCCUCGCCGCGCUUCGCCUCCACCAACAGCGCAACCCUCGGUCGUCAAUCCUGCCUCCCAGCCAUCAGUUGCGCUGCUGGGCGUAUCGCAGUCUGGCAACAUUGACGGCAUUUUUCGCAGAGAGCACUAUCCUUUGAUGGAACUGUGCGAUGUUGUGGGCGGUACACGGAAAGGUCCUGGCGGCCUUCUUGUCUAUACGAGAACAGUGCUGGAAGAGUUUAACCUCCUCCUGCUUUGGGAUUCUGCUCCCUUCGACGCUGUUUUAAUGGAUGAGUUUUGGCAAUACGUCGUUGACGGUGUCCAUGAAUAUAUUCUCGAAAAUCCCAGCUUGAAGGGAACAGCAUACCAGGACGAUUGUGCUGCACCAACAACUGUCAGAGCGCAAGCAAGAUUGUAA